AUGGUUGGAGUUGUACUAUCUAUCUCUAGUAUUUUAAUUUCUUGCCCACGAUAGACUAGAGAGAGAAAAUAAACCCCAUAUUUAUUGCCAGAAACAGACCCAUCUAUACACACAUAAUAUAUACAAGAGAGAGAAAGUAGAGGGAGAUACAUCUCUAGAUUGAAAGAAAGAUCAAGUCUUUGUGUUGGGAUCAUCUCUAGUUGGAGGCGGUGGUUUCGACACAAUGUCCUCUCUCAGUAGAGAGCUUGUGUUCUUGAUUCUGCAGUUUCUUGAUGAGGAGAAAUUUAAGGAGACUGUUCACAAGCUUGAACAAGAAUCUGGGUUUUACUUCAAUAUGAAAUACUUCGAGGAAGAAGUACAUAGUGGGAACUGGGAUGAAGUUGAGAAAUACCUUUCGGGCUUCACAAAGGUUGAUGACAACCGGUAUUCAAUGAAAAUCUUCUUUGAGAUAAGAAAACAGAAGUAUCUAGAGGCACUGGAUAAGAAUGAUCGGUCCAAAGCUGUAGAAAUACUGGUAAAGGAUCUUAAAGUUUUUGCAUCAUUUAAUGAAGACCUUUUCAAAGAGAUUACUCAGCUUUUAACAUUGGAGAAUUUCAGGCAAAAUGAGCAGCUGUCAAAAUAUGGAGAUACAAAAUCUGCGAGGGCAAUUAUGUUGGUCGAGUUGAAGAAGCUUAUUGAAGCAAAUCCCCUAUUUCGUGAAAAAUUGCAAUUUCCUAACCUCAGAAAUUCGAGGCUGCGUACUCUCAUUAACCAAAGUCUGAAUUGGCAGCAUCAACUUUGUAAAAACCCCAGACCAAAUCCAGAUAUCAAAACUUUAUUUGUGGAUCAUUCCUGUGCACAACCAAACGGUGCACGUGCUCCAUCUCCUGCCCCCAAUCCGCUGCUUGGACCUUUGCCAAAAGCUGGAGGCUUUCCUCCUCUGGGUGCACAUGGGCCGUUUCAACCUGCAGCAGCACCGGUUCCAACGCCUCUUGCUGGCUGGAUGUCUAAUCCUCCUACAGUUGCCCACCCCGCAGUUUCGGGUGGAGCUAUCGGUCUUGGUGGCCCGUCAAUGCCAACUGCUUUGAAGCAUCCAAGGACGCCACAAACAAAUCCUUCUUUAGAUUAUCCAUCUGUAGAUUCAGAUCACGUUGCGAAAAGAACAAGGCCUCUGGGGUUAUCUGAUGAGGUGAAUCUUCCUAUCAAUGUGUUACCUAUGUCAUUCUCGGGCCAUGGCCAUAGUCAGGCUUUUAGUGCACCCGAUGACCUGCCCAAAAAUGUCGCACGAACUCUAAAUCAAGGGUCCUCUCCUAUGAGCAUGGAUUUUCAUCCAGUUCAGCAGACUUUACUUUUGGUUGGCACCAACGUGGGAGAUAUAGGAUUAUGGGAGGUUGGGUCCAGAGAGAGACUUGUUCUCAAGAACUUUAAAGUUUGGGAUCUCAGUGCUUGUUCGGUGCCUCUGCAGGCUGCUCUAGUUAAAGAUCCUGGCGUUUCUGUGAACCGAGUGAUUUGGAGCCCAGAUGGUUCAUUGUUCGGAGUGGCAUAUUCAAGACAUAUCGUACAAAUAUAUUCUUAUCAUGGUGGGGAAGAUAUGAGGCAGCAUCUGGAGAUUGAUGCUCAUGUUGGUGGAGUAAAUGAUCUUGCAUUCUCUCAUCCCAAUAAGCAACUCUGCGUGAUAACCUGUGGGGAUGACAAGACCAUUAAGGUUUGGGAUGCUACAACUGGAGCAAAACAAUACACUUUUGAAGGUCACGAAGCUCCAGUUUAUUCUGUAUGCCCUCACUACAAAGAAAACAUUCAGUUUAUAUUCUCCACUGCUCUAGAUGGUAAGAUAAAAGCAUGGUUGUAUGACAAUUUGGGCUCUCGAGUUGACUACGACGCUCCUGGUCGGUGGUGCACAACUAUGGCCUAUAGUGCUGAUGGAACAAGGCUCUUUUCAUGUGGGACUAGCAAAGAUGGGGAAUCACACAUUGUUGAAUGGAAUGAAAGUGAAGGUGCUGUAAAAAGGACAUACCUAGGCUUCAGAAAACGAUCUUUGGGCGUUGUGCAGUUUGAUACAACAAAAAAUCGUUUUUUGGCAGCUGGGGAUGAAUUUACCAUAAAAUUCUGGGAUAUGGACAGUGUUCAAAUUUUGACAAGUAUUGAUGCUGAUGGAGGUCUUCCAGCAAGUCCACGUAUCCGCUUUAACAAGGAUGGUUCGUUGUUAGCUGUGUCUACCAAUGAUAAUGGAAUCAAAAUUCUUGUAAAUUCCGAUGGCCUUCGGUUGUUACGCACAAUUGAGAAUCUAUCCUAUGAUGCUUCAAGGGCUCCUGAAGCGCUGAAGCCCUCAAUAAACACAAUAUCUGCAGCUGCUGCUGCUGCUGGUACUUCAGGACUUGGGGAUAGGGUCUCAUCUGCCGUUGCUAUUUCUGCAAUGAAUGGAGAUGCCAGAAAUUUAGGGGACAUUAAGCCGAGGAUCACUGAAGAAUCUAAUGACAAAUCAAAGAUUUGGAAACUCACAGAAGUCACUGAACCUUCCCAGUGUCGCUCAAUGAAGCUCCCUGAAAAUAUGAGGGUGACUAAGAUAUCAAGGUUGAUAUAUACAAAUUCAGGUAAUGCUAUACUGGCAUUAGCAUCAAAUGCAGUUCAUCUUUUAUGGAAAUGGCAGAGAAGCGAAAGAAAUUCAAAUGGCAAGGCAACAGCUAGUGUUUCCCCUCAAUUAUGGCAACCAUCAAGUGGCAUUCUAAUGACCAACGACAUUGCUGAUUCAAACCCUGAGGAUGCAGUUGCAUGCUUUGCAUUGUCCAAAAAUGAUUCCUAUGUGAUGUCAGCAUCAGGAGGAAAAAUAUCUUUGUUUAACAUGAUGACUUUUAAGACCAUGACUACGUUUAUGCCCCCACCACCUGCGGCAACAUUUCUUGCAUUUCAUCCUCAAGACAACAAUAUUAUUGCUAUUGGCAUGGAUGACUCUACUAUUCAGAUAUACAAUGUUCGUGUGGAUGAGGUCAAAAGCAAGCUUAAAGGUCACUCUAAAAGAAUCACUGGGCUUGCUUUCUCUCAUGUACUGAGCGUGCUAGUUUCUUCUGGAGCAGAUGCUCAGCUUUGUGUAUGGAGUUCAGACGGAUGGGAAAUGCAAAAGAGCAGAUACUUGCAGGUUCCAGCUGGAAGGACUGCAACAGCACAGUCAGACACUCGAGUACAAUUUCACCAGGAUCAGUUGCAUUUUCUUGUUGUACAUGAGUCUCAACUGGCAAUAUAUGAAACAACAAAACUAGAAUGCGUGAAGCAGUGGGUCCCGCGAGAAUCUGCUGCCCCCAUAUCUCAUGCAACGUUUUCAUGCGAUAGUCAGCUCGUAUAUGCCAGUUUCUUGGAUGCAAGUUUGUGCAUAUUCACUGCUACUCACCUUCGAUUACGAUGCCGUAUAAGUCCUUUGGCCUAUCUCUCACCUAAUGUCAGCAAUGCUAAUAUCCAUCCACUAGUGAUCGCUGCACAUCCACAAGAACCGAAUCAGUUUGCAUUGGGUCUAUCAGAUGGUGGAGUACAUGUAUUCGAGCCCCUUGAGUCUGAAGGCAAAUGGGGUGUGCCUCCACCAGCCGAGAAUGGGUCAGCAACCAGUGGCACAAAUACCCCUUCAGUUGGAGCUUCAGGCCCAGAUCAACCACAGAGAUGAGAUGUACCUGAGCAUCAAAAUACUCUGCUUGCUGUUAAUCCUUAAUUAGGUACCAAUCUUUUAUGGUUAGCGAAAGACUUGCAGGGUUGUAGAUCUAACAUGUUUCUUCUAAUUAGUAUGUAAGUUAAAGGUUUUACAGUAGUAAUAGCAAAUUGCUCUUUCUGAA